AUGGCAUCCCGUAGGUGUCCUUUGAAGCAAUUCAUUCGAAAUGUGCGAUCGGCCAAGACAAUUGCCGAUGAACGAGCAGUUAUCCAAAAGGAGAGUGCGGCCAUCCGUGCGUCUUUCAGGGAAGAGAGCCAUGAUUCUGGCGUCCGGAGAAAUAAUGUGGCCAAGCUUCUGUAUCUAUUCACACUUGGUGAACGGACGCACUUUGGUCAGAUUGAAUGUCUGAAGCUAUUGGCGUCCCACCGUUUCGCCGACAAACGCCUGGGAUACCUGGGGACUAUGCUACUGCUGGAUGAGAACCAAGAGGUUUUGACGCUGGUAACGAACUCAUUGAAGAAUGACCUUAAUCACUCCAAUCAAUAUAUCGUCGGUUUGGCCCUGUGCGCUUUGGGUAACAUCGCCUCCGUCGAAAUGUCUCGAGAUCUUUUCCCGGAAGUUGAAAACCUUAUGUCCACCGCGAACCCUUACAUUCGGAGGAAGGCGGCACUGUGUGCCAUGCGGGUAUGUCGCAAGGUCCCGGACCUGCAGGAGCAUUUCCUGGAGAAGGCCAAGACACUUCUGUCGGAUAGGAACCACGGUGUCUUGCUGUGCGGUUUGACCCUCGCAAUCGACAUGUGUGAAGCCGAGGAGGCAGAAGAAGGACAGGAGGGUGUUAUCGAGAUGUUCCGGCCCCUGGCCGGUGGUCUUGUGCGCGCUUUGAAGGGGUUGACGUCCUCGGGAUACGCCCCGGAACAUGACGUCUCCGGCAUUACCGAUCCCUUCCUCCAAGUGAAAAUCCUGCGCCUUCUUAGAGUGCUAGGGAGAGGGGAUGCCGCAACCAGCGAAUUGAUCAAUGACAUUUUGGCCCAGGUGGCUACCAACACUGACUCAACGAAGAACGUCGGAAAUGCCAUUCUCUAUGAGGCCGUUCUAACAAUUCUCGAUAUUGAAGCGGACUCAGGGCUGAGAGUGCUAGGUGUCAACAUCCUUGGAAAGUUCCUGACCAACAAGGAUAACAACAUCCGUUACGUCGCCCUCAAUACACUGAACAAGGUCGUCGCAAUUGAGCCCAACGCAGUUCAGCGGCACCGCAACACCAUUUUGGAGUGUCUCCGCGACCCGGAUAUCAGUAUCAGAAGACGUGCCCUCGAUCUCAGCUUCAUGUUGAUCAAUGAGAGCAACGUGCGUGUUCUUGUUCGAGAGUUGCUCGCUUUCUUAGAAGUCGCCGACAACGAAUUCAAGCCAGCGAUGACGACUCAGAUUGGUAUCGCUGCUGAUCGGUAUGCCCCCAACAAACGCUGGCAUGUCGACACCAUCCUCCGGGUACUCAAGCUUGCCGGUGCCUAUGUUAAGGAACAGAUUCUCUCGUCCUUUGUUCGCCUCAUUGCUACCACACCAGAGCUGCAGACUUACUCGGUGCAAAAGCUUUACAUGUCGUUAAAAGAAGAUAUCUCGCAAGAAGGUCUUACCCUUGCUGCUACCUGGGUCAUUGGCGAGUAUGGUGACAACCUCCUUCGUGGUGGUCAGUACGAGGAAGAGGAAUUGGUCAAGGAGGUCAAGGAAAGCGACAUCGUUGACCUGUUUACCAACAUUCUCAACAGCACGUACGCCACGCAAACGGUGGUGGAAUACAUCACUACGGCGUCUAUGAAGCUUACCGUGCGCAUGUCAGAUCCAGCACAGGUUGAGCGGCUCCGUCGCUUCCUCAGCAGCCGGACUGCCGAUCUGAGCGUCGAGAUUCAACAGCGGGCUGUCGAGUACGUCAACCUGUUUGGCUAUGAUCAGAUUCGUCGGGGAGUCCUUGAACGCAUGCCUCCGCCGGAGAUUCGUGAAGAGCAAAGAGUCUUGGGUGCACCGGCCAAGAAGCGUCAAAGCAAAAUUCUGAAAGACAAGUCCAAGAAGCCUGCUAAGCAGGCGGAGCAGGACAUGCUCCUGGACCUCAUGGGCGGCGACGCCCCAGCGACCAGCCCAACCACCAACGGAUCUCAGAACACGGCCGAUCUGCUGGCCGAUAUCCUUGGCGGGGAUUCUAGCCUAACUUCGCCUUCUCCGCAGCCCGCGCAGAAGCCAGUAGGAUCCGUCAACACCAGCGCUAUCAUGGACCUGUUCAACACGAAUGGAAGCACGCCAUCCCCCCGGCCUUCCGAGCCCGCAUCAUCAGGCCUGGAUCUUCUAGGAGGCUUGGGGUCUUCUGCAUCGCCGGCGCCGGCUCCCGCACCGUCUGCGGCGCCCGCUCAUACGGCGUUUAACAAGAACGACCUGUCUCUUACCCUCCAGGUCCAACGUGGCAGUGGGGGAAGUGCACAGAUUCAGGCUCGUUUCCGAAACGUCUCCAGCUUUGGCCACUUCUCCAACGUUGGCUUGCAGGCAGCCGUGCCUAAGAGCCAGAAACUUCAGCUCAGUGCGAUCAACAAGGCUGACCUUGAUGCCGGCGAUGAAGGCAUCCAGAUGCUUAAGGUUGCAUCUCUUAAUGGGGCCCUCCCACCUAAACUCCGCCUUCGUCUCCGUAUCACAUACGCCAAGGACGGCUCCGAUUCUGUAACUGACCAGGUAGACUGGAGCGAGCCAUAA